AUGUCGUCCACGACCGUCACCAAGAAGAGAAAGAGCGACUCCACAGCAGCAUCCGCCGCGAAGAAAGCCAAACUCGACGCGCGGGUUCAGGUUGUAACUUCAAUCCUGUCGGACGCGACUGGUUUCGAGCUUCCAGCUGGAGACGCGUCUACACGCGCCCUAAUAUUGCAGCUCGUCCAAUACGCGCGUGACUUGGAGCAGGAGGUCGCUGCGCUGAAGCCUAAAGCCAAGUCGCCUCAAGAGCUGGCUGCCGCUGCGGACAAACUAGCGAAUGCGGCUAGGAGUGGAAUAAGGAAGCAACUCACAUGGAAGCCAACUGCAAAGUCCGGAACGGCGAGAUGGUUGUAUGACGGGGUCUGCAAUGACCCGGAAGUCUUCGGCGCGAUGCUCAACUUAGGAGGACCACCAACUUUCAAAGCGAAGAAGAUGCCCAAGGAAGAGUUUGAGAAUCUCAUUGGUGACCUGGAUGUUGCUAUCCGCUAUGAUACCCUCAGAAUCAACUCGGAUGUCAACAUCUCUUGGAAACCUGCUGACGGCACAUUCAAGUUUAGUGGAACAUAUGGAAAGUAA